AUGCUGCCAAGAAAGCUCACACGACCAGCGCUGCCCCAGCGGCACCAGCUCCGCGCCCUCCUCGCCACGUCGACCCAGAUCCGCUUCGCAUGCGGCACAAAGUCCACCCUGCGAUCCCGCGAGACCCUCCCGUCGUCUGCCAUCCGCGUCCUCCGAUCCGUCGACUCCGUCCGCCGCUGGCGCCGCCCCCAUGCCGAGACCCAGCGCUCCGUCGGCCUCGUGCCCACCAUGGGCGCCCUCCACGCCGGCCACGUCGCCCUCAUCCGCGCCGCCGCGCGCGAGAACCACCACGUAAUAGUGAGCGUCUACGUCAACCCCGCCCAGUUCGGCCGCUCGGAGGACCUCGACUCGUACCCCAAGACGUGGGAGGCUGACUCCAAGAUCCUCGCGAGGCUGGACCGCGAGCUCGCCGAGGACGGCGGCAACCUGGGCCACGUGACGGCCGUGUUCGCACCAACGACGGGGGACAUGUACCCCAGCGGGUUUCCCGGGCAGGACGUGGACAGCAAGGGGAGCUUCGUGACUAUUACCCCCGUGGGGGAGGUGCUGGAGGGGGCGAGCCGGCCGACCUUCUUCCGGGGCGUGGCGACGGUGUGCAUGAAGCUGUUCAACAUCGUGCAGCCGACCAGGGUGUACUUUGGGCAGAAGGACGUGCAGCAGACGGUCGUCAUUCGCCGCAUGGUCACUGACCUGAUGGUUCCGACCGAGGUGGUCGUGUGCCCGACUGAGAGGGAUCCCAAGGACGGGCUUGCGCUCAGCUCGCGGAAUGUGUACCUGGGAACACGCAGACGAGAGAUCGCCACGGUGUUGUACCGGUCGCUCAGAGCUGCCGAAGCUCUUUAUCAAAAUGGCGAGGCGUAUGACCGUGAGACGCUGCUGGGGGCGGCACGGCGCGUUGCCGAGGAGGUGCGGGCGACUCAGGACGAGCUCCCCGAGGAGAAGAGGGCGCUAUUCGAGGUGGAUUACAUCUCGCUGGCUGACCCUGAGACCAUGAUGGAGGUGGAUCAGGUCGACCCAGAAAAGGGAGCUGUCUUGAGCGGUGCGAUCAAGAUGCUUCCCGUGGAAAAGGCAGCCGAAGGCGAGGAUGUCGGCUUCGGAGGCGGCCCGGCUGUCCGGCUGAUUGAUAACAUCAUUCUGAAGCCCAAGACCGAAUAUUCAAAAGAGUAG